AUGGGAUUUCCACGAUUUUUGGCUCUCUUGACCGAUCUUUCAUGCAAAACCAGCGACUUGUCCACCUACAUGGCAGGCCUCACGCUCUCCGACGGACCAUGGCAGUACCGCAUGGCAAAAGUGACACAGACAGAGCUAGAGCAAGAGACAAGGAGAUGCGAAUGGCGCAUGCUUAAGUCCCACGCCGAUUUCGACAUCAUGCUGCAAGAGGUGGCCUAUGCCCCGGAAGCCUGUGUUGAGGUUCAACAUUCAUCCCGACAGCCGCGGCCGCUGCCUCUACCUCUGCCUCUGCCUCUGCCUCAGGCUGUAAAGAAGACCGCGCAGUCUGAAAUGAGGGCGGCGCAUUUUCAAGUACAGUCCACACAGUCUGAGGUGCGGGUGGCGCAUUCUCAAGUAAAGCCUACACAGUCUGAAGUGAGGGUGGCGCAUUCUCAAGUAAAGCCCACACAGCCUGAAGUGAAGGCAGCGCAUGCUCAAGCAAUGCCGGCAGAGAAGCCAUCCCCAUUCGCCAUCUGGGAACAAUACCGCUGGCCGCCGUUCAUUGUUGACAGCGGAAUUAUCGACGAGGCCCAGCGAGAGGAGCGUCUGGAGGGAAUCCACUUUGGCAAGGCUUCCAAGGUCGAACCGAUGGACCUGGGCAAGGCUAGAGAGUAG